AUGGAAUUCAUUUACAAAUUCAUUUACAAAUUCAUUUACAAAUGCGACAUAUGGACAAGUAAACUUUGGGGCAAACUCAAACUUUCCCUUCCAAAUUCUUUGAAUGGUAGCCGGGUGAUUUUUGUUCUAACUGGAGGUGAAGCUAACUCUGAAACGGUGAGAAGGUCCCCCGACUUAAAAGAUGUGCAAGAAGUUUUCUCAAAUCAAACGGUUGUAGAGCACCGCAGUAGGCUCUCUGCUGGUAAGGACAAAGAGUCGGGCAUUGUUGGUUUCAUUGAUAAAGAAAGGGAGUUAGAAGGAAUAACACUCAACAGCUACAAGUUGCAUUUUCUAAUUUCAGUGUUAGGGGUGGCAGGUUCAGGCAAAUCAACUCUUGUCUGGACGAUCUAUAACAGUGUAGCAACAAAAGGAGAGCUUGACACUGGAGCAGUUGAGGGAAAGGCUUCAUCUUUUCUUAACCUGGAAGAGAUUCUUGAUAGUUUGGAUGAUGUUCCUGCACCAGAAAUUUGGGAAAGACUAAAUCGUUUCUUUCCAAAUUUAUCAAAUGGCAGCAGGGUGAUAAUCACUACUCGGAAUGUGUAUCUAGCAUACCAUAUCAACCCAGAGGUUGUAGUUCUGCAGCUACGACCUCUAACUGUUGAUGAAAGCUGGGAAUUGUUCUUGAAGAAGGUACAAGCUGCAAAGAAAACGGAGAAAGAUGAAAAUGAUUCACAGCUAACUGCUUUAAAAGAGAAGAUCUUGCAAAGAUGUCAUGGCCUACCUCUUCUAAUCGUCCUGCUUGGAAAUUUGUUAUCUAGGAAGAAAUAUGAUGCAUGGUCUAGUGUGCUAGAUCGUUCCAUUCAUAAAAUGGGAAAGAAAAAGAAAGUAACCCCCGAAGAUCAAAUGAUCCCCUCUGAUAAACCAGCUUCCUCAAACGCCAAGCAAAAGAGUGAGAGGAAAGCAACAGUGAUGGAGCCUAAAACAGCUAGUACGGAUGAAAAAGAUUUUCCAAAUCAGUCGAAGCAAAAAGAACAAAGGGAGAAAUUGCAGACUGAGAUGAAAUGCCUGUCUGAUACUAUGGCUUUAGCCUAUCAGGAUUUAGACCCGGAUUUGAGGUGCUGUCUUCUUUACAUGGGUCUUUUUCCUAAGUCAUAUGAGAUUCCUCUUAGAAGGUUGUAUCAAUUGUGGCUUGCUGAGGGGUUUGUGACAACAACAGAUCAAGUGAAAACACCUGAAAAGCUAGUGGAAGAAUAUUUUGAAGAACUCAAGUGUAGAAACAUGCUUGAGGUUACAAAGCUAAAAUUAAAUGGAAGCCCCAAGUCGUGCCGCGUGCCAAAUACCAUAUAUGACAUCCUCUUUCUAGAUACUGAGAAAGUCGGGUUUUUUCACUUCUCCAACAGUUCAGGUAUAUGUGGAUCACCGUGGUUUAACAUCCGACGUCUUUCAGAAAACUCGGGCAUUUCCCCUCAGUCCAAAGACAUAGAAACCCGAGUUCAACAACUGCGUUCUUAUAUUUCUUUCUAUGGAAAAAGAGGAGAUGCACCUACAAAUGGAUAUUUGGGCUUGAGGCGGACACUUUUGGAUGAGGUCCCACAAUCAGUUGGUGACCUGCAUCACCUGGAGACGUUAGACAUAAAGCACACUUUCAUAACCAAGUUGCCUAGCAUCAUCUGGAUGGCAGAGAAACUUCAGCAUUUGUACAUGAGUGAUAUCAAUGUUGAUUUGUUUACUCUGAAGCCAUCAGCUAGUGGUUCAUUGAACAAUCUGAAGAUCCUGUGGGGAUUGGUGAUUAAAAGUGGGAGUCCUGAAAAAAAUUGGAUGAAGAGUUUGGUUGAUCUGAGGAAAUUGAAAAUAACAUGCAAUGAUGCAACAAGUGAAGUAUCAGGUUCCUGGAUCACUCGAAUGGACAAACUUCAGUCCUUGAAAUUGAGAUUAUUAGAUAAAUUCAAUAAACCUUUACGCCUGAGAGUAGAGGACAUGCAGAAAUGGAAGCAGAUGAGCCGAUCGCAGUUGUAUUUGCUUGCAAAACUUCCAGAUCAAGUUGAUACCUUUGAUUUUCCUGAAAAGCUUGAAGUUCUUACACUGUCAAUGACACAUCUGUCAAAAGAUCCAAUGAAAAAGCUUGGGCUGAAACAACUGAAGGUCCUUAGGCUUUAUGCUCAGUCCUUCUUGGGGAGAGAGAUGACUUGUGAUCGCAGUGGAUUUCCGCAGCUAAAGGUCUUAAAAUUGUGGAUGCUCUAUAAAUUGAACUGCUGGACUGUGGAGCAAGGAGCAAUGCCAAUGUUAAGAGAAGUGGAGAUCAGAAGCUGCAAAAAUCUUAAAAAGCAUAAUGGGUUGGAAAAAGUAGAAGCCUUGAAGGAAUUGACCCUUACAAAUAUGGCAGAAGACUUUGUAGCAAAUGUGGAAAGAAGCAUGGCUAGCAGCAAUGUAGCAAUCAUGAAGAACUUCUACUUUUCCCCUUCAUGGGUAAGUUCAAUUCCUCUCAGUUGCUUGUCUUCAUCUUUUAAUUCUUAAAUCUCUUCAUAUCUCGUUCUAUUCUU